AUGCCUUCCACCAAGACCGUUGCUGCUAAGGGAGCCAAGACUGGAAAGUCCAAGGCUGAAGCAAAGUCGAAAGCUGCUGCCGCAGGACACCCAAGCUUUAUCGACAUGAUCACUGAGUGCAUAAUCGAAAAUAAAGAAGACUCUCGCAGUGGUGUCUCGCGUCCAACGAUUAAGAAGUUUAUCGAAGAGAAGUACAAAAUCGAGAUGACUGGCCUCCAACUCUCAAAUUUGAAUCGUGCGAUCACCAAGGGUGCCGAGAACAAUGUCUUUACUUUGCCCAAGGGACCUAGCGGCAAGGUCAAGCUCGCUCCCAAGGCUAGCAAGAGCGAAUCUAAAGAGAACGACGCCCCCAAGAAGGCUGCUACCACCGAGAAGGUCGAGAAGAAAGCCGCUCCGAAGGCCACCAAGGCGAAGACUACCAAGGCAUCCUCCUCCAAUGUCCUCAAACCAAAGAAGAACAUCACAUCUGCCGCUCCCCCUAAGGGUGUAAAGGCAGCCCCUGUUGUCAAGAAGACUAGCACGUCUGCAGCCAAGAAGGCACCAGUAAAGGCAACUUCGAAAGCCACGACUACAAAGAAAGCACCCGCCAAGGCACCCACUGUCAAGAAAGCCGCCUCCAAGAAGGUUACUUCUGGCGACGCGAAGAAGGCAGACAAGGCUAAGGCGGCGGCAACUAAAUCAACGAAAGCCUCUACCGCGUCCAAGUCUUCAAAGUCCAAGGCUCUAUCCAAGAGCACAACGAAAGAGAAUACCAAGCCUGCGUCGACUAAACCUACUUCUACCAAAGCUGCAGCCAAGCCGACAUCUGCGAAGCCCGCUUCCACGAAGAAACCCACGUCCACGAAACCAUCAAAGACGCCUGCAUCCACAAAGGCAUAA